UAAAUUUACAAAUACAAAAACGCAUUAUGAUGAUUCGCGUUGGUUUAAAAGCGGAAAACACUUGGCAGAAAGAACAGAAAAGAGGAUAAUGGCUUCGUUUUCGGUUUCUCCUCUGUUAUCCAUCACACUCAGAGCACCAUCUCUCACCGCCUCAAAACCGUCUUCACUCUCUCUCAAUUCCUCCAACCUUCGUUCUCCAUUGCUUCAUUGCUCAUUCGCUUCCACGCAUUCCUCUCUCUCUUUCCACUCUUCCUCCUUUUCAGGUUUGUCAUUGGGAUUAAGUUUGACAUCGAAUGUUGGAUCUAGAAGACAAAGCGGUCGCGGCUUGGUUAUUGUAGCAGCAGGAAGGACUGCUCUUAAUCUAACCAAGAGAAGUAGAUCACGAAAAUCAUUGGCACGCGUUCAUGGUUUCCGCAUACGAAUGAGGACAACAAGUGGAAGAGCUCUCUUAAAGCGACGACGUGCCAAGGGACGAAAAAUCCUUUGUACUAAGACCCAUUCAAAUAGUGGCAAAUAGUCACAAAAAAUGGCCUAAGAAUUAUUCUAUUUACAUGUAUUGACUUCACAAACUUGUCUGUAUUUCAAUUUUUUGUAACACAUGCUACAUUUUGAUCUAAGUUCGACUAAAUAUCAACGGCAUAUUGUGCUAA